AUAAAAAACAGAAAAAUAGAAAGAAUGGGUAGCGCAAGCCGAGUGUUGCUCUUCUUCCCAAGACCCUCUCUUUACACCGUUCAUCUGCGAUUCAAAUCCGUCACAGCUCAGUACUCUUCGUCACCUACCACCACUUCUAGGUUUUCUCGUAUGGCCACGGAGGCCUCGCCGUCGUCUUCGUCCUCUUCUUCCGUCACCGACGGUCACGGUAUCAACUCUCCCACGAAUGGCGAGACAGUUUCCUCCCCCGCUUCCUCUGCCAUCGAUUUUCUCUUUCUCUGCCACCGCCUCAAGACAACAAAAAGAGCUGGAUGGGUACGGAAGGAAGUUAAGGAUCCGGAAUCUAUAGCUGAUCACAUGUAUCGAAUGGGACUGAUGGCUCUCAUUGCUCCGGAUAUUCCUGGUGUCCAACGUGACAAGUGUAUAAAAAUGGCAAUUGUUCAUGAUAUUGCAGAAGCCAUUGUUGGGGACAUUACCCCUGCAGAUGGGAUUUCAAAGGCAGAGAAGAGUCGACGAGAACAGGAAGCUUUAGACCACAUGUGCAAAUUACUGGGUGGAGGAUCAAGAGCCCAAGAAAUAGGUGAGUUGUGGUUGGAAUAUGAGGAGAAUUCUUCACCAGAAGCUAAAAUUGUGAAGGACCUUGACAAGGUGGAGAUGAUACUUCAAGCCUUAGAAUAUGAAAAUGAGCAAGGGAAAGAGUUGGAGGAGUUUUUCCUGUCAACCGCUGGUACACAAAUUCUGACUUAUCUGGCUUUAUGCCCUCCCGUCUACAACAUAAUUUCCCUUUUCUCUGUUGCUAAUUGCAGAGCUUGAAGUAUCUACAAAUGCCUAGAUGUGUAAAGUUAGUUAAUCAUUAGUUGAAUCCACCGAGAUCAUCAUAUUUGUGAACCAACAGUACUUUUAACUAUAGGAUAUGCCUUAGAAAAUUUGCAUGCUAGGUGUCUUCUUUGGAAUUCUAUUGGGCUCAUUAUCUAUCUUCAUCAUAUGAAACAAUAAGGCAUGCAUAUUGGGUUUUUCUUUAGCAAUGAUGCACCAGCAGAAAAAGAGAAGAUAACCUAAAUGCAUUCUUAAUUAAGGAAUGAUGAGUGAAUGCUUUUAUCUUUUAUCACUAAGGCAUAUUUAUUUUCUUGAAGUUUUCAUGGCAGUGAAAGUGUUAUUUCGAAACAUUCCUCUAUUUUUCUUUAAGAACUAAAGAAUAAAAAGACAUGUAAAAAUUUUUUUAAAAAAAAAUUCUUUAAUACUGCAUAUAUAGCCGAUGCUUGUUAACUUUUAUGCAGGGAAGUUUCAGACUGAAUUGGGCAAAGCUUGGGCGUUUGAGAUAGCAUCAAGAAGAAGAAAGGAAGCCUGAUUUCGACCUUAAGUUCCAAUCCUCCUCUGACUGCUCAUCUCACAUCACUCAUUUUACUCGCGAGCUAGAGAACCACAAACAGAAGUGGGAGGAGGCCAGAGAGAGCUUGUUGCAUAACGGGAGGAAAUAUGAACUGUGCAGUCAAAGUGAAGCAUAUGGAAGAGCAGCAUAAGAAAAACAAUAAAUUGAUCAGCUACUGGCAUAUCUCAUAUUUCAUAUUGUAGCUCUAGUCUCAGAGAUCAGACACUACUCCUUGUUAAAACAGUUUUAGUAGAUGGUGUAACCGGUAUGACUUCAUGUAAACAAUAAUUGCAUUUAAUACAAAAUCUAUUUUGGCAA